GUACUUCAAGUCCAACUAUCAUAGCACCAGUUUCAACUACCGCGCUUCAGAUACAAACCCCAGUUCCACCACCACUUCAACCUACAAAUAAACCUCAAUCAACCUCUCAAAAUCCACCAGCACAGCCUUAUGUACCUGCUGUGCCUUCACCGCAAAUACCAACUCAGUUACCUUAUGGUGCUGGAGCAGAAAAAUUGCGAUCAGAAAGAGGGAAUGUAGGAAUGGUUGCUCUUGGGAUAACAAUAUUCUUGGUUGUAAUAUGGUGA